GUCAAACGUCACAACAUUAAAUUCCAACGGGACAGUCGGGACAAAAUAAUUAAUAAAAAAAUAAAACGCGAGCGAAAUCAACAAAUUGCAAUGUUUUGCACACUUAGAAAAUGUUAAUUGGUGUUGCUGUUACUGUGCGACGUAUUUGUUUGUGUGCUCGUGUAGGCGUAUGUGUAUGAUUUGUUUAUGUGAAUAUGUAAACAAAAGUGAAUAAGUGUAAAGUUGAAAGCGUUAAGUGUUAAAGUAUCUAAUUAAUUUAAGUAAUAACAAAUGAGCACAAGCGAUCUAGACUUGGAGUCCUGCGCGCUAUUGACCGGCAUCACAGUCGAAACUGCCGCUAACGACUCCAACGCUAACGCCCCCGCCUUAGCCCCGCCCACUGUCAGGACACGCACUAAGCAGCGCAUCAGUUUAAAUUCAAAACGUCGACGCAGCCGCAUGUCCCGACGCGCAAAUCUCAUUGGCAUCUGCGGCAUUAGCAGUUUGUGCAUACUGCUGCUGAUUGCCACCACGCAGCGCCGUCCCUCCAUUUCCCCCUUCAGCAGCGGCAGCAGCAGCAGCAGCGCUGGAAGUAUCGCUGGAAGCAACAGCGCUGCUCUCGCUUCCAAUCAACUUCCACGCAGCAGCUACUAUGAGCGGCAGCAGCAGCCAUCACAAACGGCCGCCACAAUUUAUAAUAUGACAGCGACCAUAGUGGAUGUCCUGGCUGGGCAGCGUGCGCGCAUUCUCCAGGAAAUGGAAAACUUUGAGUAUCCGCGCGGCGGUGCCGAAAAGCUAAAUGAUAUGACACUCGAAACAGCAGGCACACCAGUGCGCAGCAUUGUGAUCACCACCUGGCGCUCGGGCUCAACGUUUUUGGGUGACAUUUUAAACGCAAUACCCGGCAAUUACUAUCACUAUGAGCCGCUGUUAGAUUUUGGCAUUAAACAGGUGCGCGACCAGGAAGAGCAACAGUUCGCUGUACAAAAUCUUAAGAAUUUGCUCAAUUGUGAUUAUGCCGAUAUGUCGGACUACUUGGAGUAUGGCAAAACUCACACUUAUUUAUUUGAACAUAAUCAGCGAUUGUGGGAAGUGUGUCGGGAAUAUCCACGCUUUUGUUGGCGUCCCGCCUUCUUGACGCCCUUCUGCAGCCUUUUUCCCAUACAGAGCAUGAAGACGGUGCGACUGCGUCUUGCUCAAGCCGAAGAGCUGUUAAAGGAUCAAAGUCUAUCCAAUGUGCGUAUCGUGCUGCUGGUCCGAGAUCCGCGUGGCACAAUGCAGUCGCGUCGUCAUCGCGUCUGGUGUGCGGGCAACGAGGACUGCGAGGAUCCCGCGCUGGUCUGUCAAGAUCUGGUCGAUGACUACAAGACGGCGGAGAAACUGCUGAAAGCAUAUCCGGGACGUUUUAGAACUUUGCGCUAUGAGGAUCUCUCGCUGAAUCCGUAUGAUGUGACCCAGGACAUUUUACAGUUCUACGGCCUGCCCUUUGAUCCAGCUGUCGAAGAGUUUCUAGAUACGCACACCAAGGAGAACAAGGGCGGCGUUAGCUCCACAUAUCGUGAUUCUAGAUCGGCGCCAUUCCAUUGGAAGCAGGAUCUCAAGGCUGAAGAGAUCAAACAAAUUCAGGAUGUCUGCACGGAGGCCAUGGAUCUGUGGGGCUAUCGGCGCAUGGCGAACUUCAGUAAUUUUUCGAUGCUGCAGCAGAGCUUCGAUCCGAUUGUGCUGCCGCCACCAUUUACGUGAAUCGAUUUGUGGCUAUCGAUAACUGAUAACGAUAACUAAUUCUUCUACUUGGUACAUUUUGUUGUGAUAUCGUCGUGUUGAGCGAGCAAAACAGAAAAGAAACAAAAUUUAGAAAAAAGCAAAAGUCGAUUUAUAGCUGGCGCGUUAAUUAA